UAUAAAUUGAAUGUUUCAAAAUCCAAUUAUCCAAUUAAUUAUCCCAGAUUUAAUUUCGUUUUCCUCAAGUUCUCAAAUAUUUUCAACAAUAAUGGAUAAAGAUUUACAGAUUGUUCAUGUUCAUAGUAAUUCUUCAAUGACAUGCGUAACCCUCACAAAUAUGACGAAAUAUUUUGUAGAAACCGAUAUGGAAUCAUAUGGUUUCAUGAGCCACUAUUUGCCAUUAUUUGAAUUACAAAUUGGUCUCAUUUUUAUUUUCAGUCAUUUGUUUCAUUUGCUUCUCAAGCGUUUCGGAAUUACCUUGUUUGUUGCUUCAAUGCUCACGGGGAUAAUUCUUGGCGACACAUUUCUUGGGAGAUAUGAAUAUAUGAAAUACAACGUAUACACUGUAGAGACCCGUAUAACACUCCGAAUCUUAGCUACAUUGAGCAUCAAUAUCUUUAUGUUUCUAUCGGCAGUAAAGAUGGAUGUUGGAAUGGUACUUACGACAGGAAAAAAGGCAAUGUCAAUUGGUGUAGCAUGUACACUAUCUCCAUUUAUAGUCGGAGCAAUUUACACAAUUACCCAAAAAGAUGGUAGUUUUGCAGAUUAUAAGGAAUUGGUUGUAAUCUUAGAAGUAAUACAAAUCCAAUCAAUCACUCCCUUUUCUGUUGUUUCCUACACAAUAGAUCAACUCAAACUAAUGAAUUCGGAACUCGGCCGCCUCGGACUUUCGGCGGCUUUAGUUGCGGAUGUAUAUUCUAUAAUGAUAGCAUUCAUUGCAUCAUUCUUUAAAGACGGAUAUAAGGGAGGCAGUAAGAUAUACUUUAUAGCAUUUGCUACCUUUCUUGCUGCGGCAGCAUUCAUCAUCCGACCAAUAAUGCUUUGGUUUAGUAGACAGACUCCGCCCGGAACUUCUGUCAAAAGUGGCUACGUUAGCGUCAUCAUAGUGCUAUCAUUCUUAACUGGCCUGUAUUUCUUUGAAUUUCGUCAGGGACCGUACAUUGGUCCCUUAAUUCUGGGUUUUACAGUACCAGCAGGAUCUCCAUUAGGAACUUCUUUGGUAGAAAAGUUCGAAACUAUUUCGUAUGGAUUUCUUCUGCCUAUCCUAACGGCUAUAUCGAUGUUGAAUGUCGAUUUGUUCUUGAUCGUAUCUGCAUUUACCGACAUACAACCUUACAUGGCUCUUAUAGUCGCACUUUUCGUUGUCAAGUUGACUUCAUGUUUCAUACCUUCAUUGUUCUGCAAGUUGCCAUUAAUUGAUUCAGUGGCGCUUGCUUUAAUAUUGACUUGUGAAGGCGUAAUAGAGCUAACAGCAAUCGCUGUUCUAAAGAAAAAAGAGGUCUUCAGUCAAGAGCUUUUGUCCCUUAUGGCUUUGUUUAUCCUAUUUAGCUCGACCUUUUCCCCGGUUCUAGUCAAAUAUCUCUACGACCCUUCAAGGAAAUAUGCAGGGUAUCAAGACAGGAACAUUUCUUGUUUGAAGCCUCAAGCCGAGCUCCGAAUAGUCACAUGCAUUAAAAAACCUGUCGACAUAUUUUCUGUCAAGAAACUGCUUAGAACUACAUAUCCUACGAAAGAAAGCCCGAUUGCAGUUUACGUCCUUCACCUCAUUGAGCUAAUGGGUCGAACCACCCCUAUUUUCAUAACCCACCGAAAGCAUAAACCAGUUUCUAACCCCAUUUCUCAAAAUAUCAUCCUGUCUUUUGAAAACUACCAGCAACAUAAUUGGAAUGCAGUAUCCGUAAAUACCUUUACAGCAAUGUCCCCCCUUAAGUGCAUGCACGAAGACAUAUGCACACUCGCUCUCGAUAAACUCGCAUCCCUUAUAGUAAUCCCAUUCCAUCCGAAGUGGACAACCCGUGCAGCAACCGAAUCUGAAAGCUUGAACAGAUUUAGGAAUCUAACUCGGAAAGUCCUCGAAAGAACCCCUUGCUCUGUGGGGAUAUUUUUUGACCGCAGCAAAUAUAAUCAGCAACACAUCAAAGCAUCAAUGGACUCAUAUCAAUCCUUAUGCAUAAUCUUCUUGGGAGGUAGUGAUGACCGAGAGGCCUUGGCUUUAGCAAGACGCAUGGCGAAGAACUCGACAACAACUCUAACGAUCCUCCAUUUGAUAUCGGAGGAACAGGACAACGAUAGUUCUAACUGGGAAGAGAAAACCCUAAACACUAAUAUGAUAGCAGAUGUUAAGCAAAGCAACAGUGAAAGCAAAGGAUCAACAAUAAACUACCAGGAUCAUAAAGUAAAAGACGGACCGGAGUCUGCAUUGCUAAUUCAUAAGCUAGCGAAUGACUACGAUCUUUUUAUAGUCGGAAGACGAGACGGAAUCGAAUCUCCACAAACAACGGGGCUAUCUGAAUGGAUUGAGCUUCCAGAAUUAGGGGUUAUGGGUGAUUUUCUAGUUUCAGAUUAUCUUCGAAGUGAAGCUUCAGUUUUGGUAGUGCAAAAACAAAAACAAAAGAAAUACCUAGAAUAAAAUAGAUUAGAGUUAGAUUAAAUUAGA